AUGCGUGACCUGGCGCGCGACAAGAUACACGAACAUACACUCCGCAUGUUAUGGAUCGGCCACCUACCAUCUGCUACAAGAGCAAUGCUUGCGGUUAGCGAGGAAUCAAGACUCGAGGCACUGGCAGCGAUGGCCGACAAGAUGGCCAAGCAGACAAAAGAAGUACACUCUGUAUGUUCGUGUGGCCAUGGCAGCGGUAUUACGAAUAAGCCAGCAACAUCAGCACCAGACGAGAGAAUCCUCUGCAUGAUCGAAUCACUAACUAGAGAGAUCGCCGCGCUAUAA